ACGGCGACCGGAUGUGUCUUUUUGCUCUAGCUAGCUUGACAUGCAUGACAGCUCGUACUACCGUGUUAGUUUGUUGCAGUAAACUCGUCUGGUGCUGCUGUCUGCGUUGACAAACAACCUCGCAGUUGUCUAAACGGACUGAAAAUGCUGUCCUACAUCAUUGGUCUGAUCCGGGGCGGCUUUGAUAGCAUCAUCAACCUCAUCUUCAGACUGUUCUUCUCCAAGAGGAGACCUGCCAUCACCUUAGAGGACCCCAACAUUAAGUAUGCACUGCGGCUGUUAGACAAACAGAUCGUCAGCCAUGAUACAAGGAGGUUCCGCUUCGCCCUGCCUUCUCCUGAACACGUCCUCGGUCUCCCCAUCGGGCAGCACAUCUACCUGUCUGCAAAGAUUGACGGUAAACUGGUCGUCCGUCCAUACACGCCGGUGUCCAGUGAUGAUGACAAAGGCUUCGUGGACUUGGUGGUGAAGAUUUACUUUAAAGAUGUUAACCCUAAAUUCCCUGAGGGUGGGAAGAUGAGUCAGUACCUGGAGAGCCUCAAGAUCAACGACACUAUUGACUUUAGAGGACCCAGCGGUCUUCUCGUUUACAAGGGCAAAGGAGUUUUUGCCAUUCAGCCAGAUAAAAAGUCUCCAGCUGUGACUAAGACGGCCAAACAUGUGGGCAUGAUCGCUGGAGGGACAGGGAUCACUCCCAUGCUGCAGCUCAUCACAGCAGUGAUGAAGGAUCCACAGGACAAGACAGUUUGUCACCUGCUGUUUGCCAACCAGACUGAGAAAGACAUCCUGCUGAGGCCGGAGCUGGAAGAGAUUCAGGUCAACCACCCAGAUCGGUUCAAGCUGUGGUUCACCCUCGACAGGGCACCUGACGACUGGGAGUACAGCCAAGGCUUCAUCAACGAGGACAUGGUCAGGGACCACCUUCCUCCUCCCAGUGAUGACACCAUUAUUCUGAUGUGUGGACCGCCGCCGAUGAUCCAGUUUGCCUGCAACCCCAACCUGGACAAAGUGGGCCACUCCAACAGCCGCCGGUUCGCCUUCUAGACGUCGUCCACGCCCAGGAAUCGAGGUUUGAGAAUUAAAGGCGGUUAAUUAUUGUAAAACUUAACUCCAAAAAGCAUUAAGCACUCAUACAGUUACAGUGGGUGUUGCACUAUGUAUACUAUAUUUAUGCCAUGAUAUUCAUCAUGCAACAGAAUCACAGCACGGACCAAUUCGUGUCAGUAGUAAGUGUAUGAAGGGAGGAAGAUGCUGGAUGUUUGAGCUUGUUUAAAGAGGCAGAUGUGGAGUAGAGUUUGUCAGAUGGGAAUAGGAUGACUAGACAUUUUAAUGUUGUUGGCUUGGAAAAUGUGAUUCUGAAUCUGUUGCAAACAAACCCACUGUCCUGCUGUGGCCUCAGUUUGGUUUCAAUAUCAGAAGAGUUGAGGUUUACUGGCUGUUUUCUGAGUGCCUUAACACUUGCAAAGCUUUUUUUAUGCACAGUUUUAAAAAAAUUGUGACCGCUUGCUUCAUUUAUACGGAAUCAUUGAUUAUUCCAUCAUGGCUGUUGAACGUGUUAGAGUUAAUACCUGAUGUUAAUCUGUUGUCACAUCAGAUAUGUCUAUAUUUUGCUAAAACACAGUGAUUUGUUGAUCGUGAUCUGGUUACUGAGGACAUGUUUUUGCUGCAAGUCUGGCAUCAGUGGCUACUUGUGUUUGGAUAUGCAAUAUAAAUGCUGACUGCUACUGAAUUAUUGACGCUUUGAGUUGUAUUUUGUAUUAUGACAGCCCCAAGAUAAAGCUAAAUAUCAUCCUCAUGUACAUGUGUUAUGUAAUAACAUUUAUAUUACAUUGUUAUUACAUUGUAAUUACAUUGUAAUUACAAUGUAAUAACAAUGUAAUUGGUGUUAUCAAGAGAAAAGACAAAAUAAAAACGUAUUUUCUCAUUUUUAUUACCAAAAAGUUAAAAACACAACAUAGAAUAAAAGCAUGAUUUGGUAUGCUAGA